AUGAAUAAUUAGCCUGUUUAUAUGUCUGCUGAGCAAAUCAACGCAUUAUUCUAGAGGGAUUCGACUUUCGAGAUGAGAGAUGAUAGAAUUAAUUCAUUUUAGAACGAUUUCAAAAAAAAUGAAACUUUGAAGUCUGAAAGUGUUGAAUGCGAAGAGAACAGACCAACUAAUUAGAGUGAGAGCAUGAUGAUGAUAACCAGGGAGGAGUAUCAGAGCUUAUAGCAAGAGUACGAUAGACGCAAAGAUAUGGAGGAGAAAUAUAAGGAAGAUAUCAAUAGAUUAAUGAGGGAACUCAAACAAAAGUGCAGCGAAUUGGAGCAUAUGAAAAGAGAACAUGAGAUUUUAUUGGAACAGAAUCAAAGAAGAGAAUCAACACUUUAGAAUCUGAGACUGUAGAUUCAAGAAGCCAACAACAGAGAGUAGAAGGCUGUUAUUGAAUUAGGGGAGUUGUAUGAAUAGAAUAUGUAAAUGAAACAGCAAUUAGAGAUUGUCCAAUAGAAGUAUAACAAUUUAUAGAAGCAACACAAGUUUGAAAUUGACAGAAAGGACAAACAAAUCGAUUAAUUUAAAAUUCAAAUCAUGCAACUCAAUGAGGAUAAUGAAAGACUUAAGGCAGAAAACCCUACAGGAUUUCUCAAUCUCGACUCUCAGAGAGUUUCAUAAGAUAAAACCUAAAAUCAAUGGGCUUAAUUUAAUUCGAGUGCUUACAAAAGCAGUAUUCAAUUUUAAAAGGAGAAACCAGUUACUCAAAUUUAGUUUAAGAGCAAUUACGAUUCCAAAGUUAUAUUCGGAAAGAAGUCUCAAAAUACAUUAAAAUACCAACAGUCGCAAUAAGAUUUGUACCCUAAAGGAUCAUGA